AUGGCCGAAGUCAUGACGCCAGUAGCUGCGGAGACACCAAACCAGGCGCAGGAGGAGCCUGGACUGCCAACAUAUACCUUCAAAUUCAGCGACUUUCUUCGACGCGAAUAUCGCUUUGGCUUGAACCCUGAUCGACCGACAUGUAAAGCUUUCAUGCAGGGCCACUGCCCAGACGGCAAUCGAUGCCCAAAUAAGCAUCAUGUCACGUCUUCCUAUAACAAUCUUGUGUGCAAGCACUGGCUUAGGGGGCUAUGUAAAAAGGGUGAUACCUGCGAGUUUCUUCACGAGUACAAUCUGCGCCGAAUGCCCGAGUGUUCAUACUACGCGCGGACACAAACAUGCUCUAACGGCGACGACUGCCUCUACCUCCACAUCGAUCCGGAAGCAAAACGGCCAGCAUGCCCCCAUUACGAUCGCGGAUUUUGUCCCCUAGGGCCACACUGCGCCCUCAAGCACAACAAGAAAGAUAAGCUAUGUCCAUACUACCUGUGUGGGUUCUGCCCAGAAGGCAAAGGCUGUAAAUAUGGAGCGCAUCCAAGAUAUCCAACAGACCUCAAGAAGCCAGAGGUACGAGUCGAAAAAAGUCCAGAAGAGCUGGAGGCAGAGAAAGUGGAGCGAGAGAGAGAGAUGAUGCGGAGAGAAGAGGAAGACAGGGAGCGAGACGAAAGAAACGGUCAUCAGGGUGGUAGAGGCUUCAGAGGUAAUUGGGACCACAAGAAGCGCGGGCGUGGCAGAGGUAGGGGCCGAGGACGCGGAAAUUAUUAA